AUGUGCAGCUGUAGCCCCAAGUUGAAGGGCAAAGCUCUGACUUACAAUGUGACAUUUAGAUUCUCAAAUUCGUCAUUUAGUUGUGAAAGGUCGCUUUUCGGAUCCGCGAGCUCUCUUUUUAAGCGAAUAUUUGAUGCUGUUGGGUCUGGUGGAAACCUGGAAUGUUCGCCUGUGUCAGCAGUAAAAGUUUGCCCGAAUACAGGCAAUGUCUUCAUCGAUCUUGAAGAAUCGCCUGAAGCCUUUGAAGCAAUUCACCAGUAUCUUCAUAAUCCCGCUGCUAGUCCUUUCAUCGAGGAUAUCACAUCACAAGAACUCGCUUCAGCAGCUCGGUCAUUUAUUGUCACCAAUGCUGAUGUCAUUGCUUCCUCUCAGACAGGCCAGCUUUCGGCUCGUCUUUUCAUCGAUGUAAUUGAAGGUUCUCAAAGCCCUCAACACGAGCCUUCUUGUGAUGUUAGACCCUUUAAUGAUGCUGACGAUUGGGUUCUCUCGGAGAGGGUUCUUUUUUACUGCUCUCGUCGAAUUCAGGAUCGGGAACCACUGGAUGAGGGAAAUUAUGGCACUUUCGAGGAUAAGGCUGCUAGAAAGUUGAACAACAAAAUCCACGCUCCUGCUAUUGACAUUGUCACCGACGAAAUCAGAAUGACAAUAUCCGAUACUCAGCUCGUGAAUUUCGGAAAAUCUCCAUCAUCCCAACUCUCACUCACCUCAUCGGAGACGGGAGAACCAAUUCAAGUCAGUGAGGUGGGUCGACAAAUGAGCAGUGGAAGUGAGAUCGUGGUUGGAGCUCCAUCAUUACCUUCAGUGCAGCCAGUGCUACCGAUGCCACCACUCUCGUUGCCGCCUAACCGAUUGGCCUAUUCUGCCGACAAAGAGACCUGUUUAUUGGCAAAGACGUCAUUGGGAGUGGGAACGAUCUCCAUCCACCUUGGAAAGUUGGAGGGACGAUUGGUGAGCAUUUCAAUGAAGCGAAGACGUGCACCUUCGGGACCCAGCUCCUCAGCAUCCUCUUCAGUGGCGGGAGGAGGUAAUGUAGCCUAUUCUACGACAAUCUCUCUUCCUACAUCGAUCGUGCUACCACCUUCGCCCCCGCCCAUCAACACCACAUCCACUGCUAUGGUUAUGACCACCGCGACCUCUGGUCUUGGUGAGUAUUUAGGCUUGAAAUUUCAUUGUUUUGAUGUUCUAACAAAAAGCAACCCGGGUGGUGACAUAAAACUAACCCAAACAAAGGGUGAGUUUUCAGUCGUGAACCUUGGUGCCUAUCAGCUAUGUGAUUGCGUAGAUAAGCUGAAUAGCAUAAACACUUCUGGAUCUGUUAUCACUACUUUGCCUUAUCGAAAUGCAGCAGCCACGUCGCGACGCCCCACGUCCCUCGCUCGACUCGGAGUGUUCUUGGAACUGCUUCACUACGAUCACUACCCUGAUGAAUGCUCCCCUUCGGGUUACAUCCAUCGAAGAGGUUCCAUCCUCCGCUCUUUUGGUUGCCUUCCAACUCCUCUCCUGGAAGCUCGUUCUGCGGCUGGGGCUUGCGCCAUCUGCUCAACAAUUGAGGAUGGGCAGGAUGAUGAGAGUAGUAUGAUAACCCAUUGCAUCCUCAUUGCUGGUGGUGCCUCUCAGAAUCGGUGUCUCAGUUCAACUGAAAUUCUACACAUCUCACGGCCCUUUAGUGAGGUGGAUACCUCCACAUGCCGGAGAGCCUCUAUAAUCAGUGCAAACUCAGACUUUGAGAGCGUCUCAAACUUCGGCGGUUAUGAAUCUGUCAGCUUGACGGCUCAACCCGGACCGGCGAUGCGCUCCCCACGUGGUCGGCUUGCUUUGGCUGCCUUGGAAAAGGCUCCUUGUGUUUACGCGUGUGGUGGAUGUGAUGGCAAUAAUGAUCUCGCUACCGUUGAAUGUCUCAGCUUCGACUCAAAAGCCGAAUAUUACAAGAAGUGGCGUUCUGUUAACAGCAUGCAACAGGAGCGAAGCUGUUGCGCUGUUGCCACAUUGGCGGAUGAGUCACGAAUUGUGGUGAUGGGAGGACAAUGUGAAGGUUCUCCCCUGUCUAGUGUUGAGGUUUACUACCCCGAUUCGGACAGAUGGCUCAGCUUACCCCCCAUGUCCGAGGCUCGGAGCCAAUUAUGUGCGGCGUGCUUGAGUCAAAGGAACCUAAUUGUAGCAGUAGGUGGAGUCAGCGAGACGGCUAGUACUCCAUCCACUCAACCUUUCAAAACCUCCAUCCCAAACAUCGUCGAAUGCACCGAAUUCUCUCCUUCCGGUGAGGCCUAUGAUCCUCGUUGCGGUCACUGGAUUCGUCUUCCUGAACUCCUCAACCGGGGACCUCUCAUUGGCGCUGCCUUAGUCCCCCUUUCUCCCUUUUCUGGUCGUCUCCUCCUAAUCGGCGGUUCUGAUGGUCUGUCCACCAUAACCCAGACCCAAAUCUUUGACUCGCGUACUUGGUGUUGGCUACCAGGGCCUUCUCUAUCAAUUGGUCGUGCGUCGCCAUGUGCUGUUUCACUCACACCAAUUUCAACUCAUUCAACGACAACCGUGUCCUCAGGUGUGCCCUGUAUUGCUGUGAUUGGUGGUUAUAAUCUCGCCGCUGGUGGCUUCCUAAACUCUGUGGAGAUCGUCGGCGUAACAGGUAGCUCAGGCCAGAUUUCACCGCUCAAUGUGCCUUCUAAUACCUCCCCCAAGGUUUCCAAUUCGAGCUUGAAUCUGGAUUUCCUGCGGUACUAA